AUGAUUGGACAUUAUAUGGACAUGAUUGGACAUUAUAUGGACAUGAUUGGACAUUAUAUGGACAUGAUUGGACAUUAUAUGGACAUGAUUGGACAUUAUAUGGACAUGAUUGGACAUUAUAUGGACAUGAUUGGACAUUAUAUGGACAUGAUUGGACAUUAUAUGGACAUGAUUGGACAUUAUAUGGACAUGAUUGGACAUUAUAUGGACAUGAUUGGACAUUAUAUGGACAUGAUUGGACAUUAUAUGGACAUGAUUGGACAUUAUAUGGACAUGGAUGGACAUUAUAUGAACAUGAUUGGACAUUAUAUGGACAUGAUUGGACAUUAUAUGGACAUGAUUGGACAUUAUAUGGACAUGAUUGGACAUUAUAUGGACAUGAUUGGACAUUAUAUGGACAUGAUUGGACAUUAUAUGGACAUGAUUGGACAUUAUAUGGACAUGAUUGGACAUUAUAUGGACAUGAUUGGACAUUAUAUGGACAUGAUUGGACAUUAUAUGGACAUGAUUGGACAUUAUAUGGACAUGAUUGGACAUUAUAUGGACAUGAUUGGACAUUAUAUGGACAUGAUUGGACAUUAUAUGGACAUGAUUGGACAUUAUAUGGACAUGAUUGGACAUUAUAUGGACAUGGAUGGACAUUAUAUGGACAUGGAUGGACAUUAUAUGAACAUGAUUGGACAUUAUAUGGACAUGAUUGGACAUUAUAUGGACAUGAUUGGACAUUAUAUGGACAUGAUUGGACAUUAUAUUUCAACACAAAAUAGAUCAAUAAACAAUGGCUAUAAAAUCAAACAAUUUAGAGUGAGGAAGGACCUGGGUAAAUACUGGUUAUUAAACAGGGUCGUUGGCUGGUGA